GUGUGUUAGAUUUCUCCUGGUUCUUCCUCCUCCGACCCUCCGACACCACAGACGACAGUUAACCAGCAGAUGAGCAGCAGCAUCUUUUCUGCACGGCUUCACAAACCAGUCACAGGAGAAUAAAAUGAAGCUGUUGGUGUUGCUGAGUGUCCUCCUCUGCCUCUUUGCUUGUCAUCUUAGUGAGGCCAGAGUCAUCCCAGAAGGAGUGCCAUACGAUGAACCUCCAGCAGUUCCCUACUGGCCCUACUCCACCUCUGACUUCUGGAACUACAUCGAGUACUUCAGGUCCAUCGGAGCCUACAACCACAUCAAUGAGAUGGCCCGGGCCUUCUUCGCCCAGCAGCACCUCGGAGACACGCUGGGAUACGAGACCAACCAAGGGCACGAACACUGAGAGGAGCGGACGAAGCUAAUGAAGGGAAUCUGAUAUCUUGAAUAAAUAAAAAAAACAAUGCAUUUAUUACUUUGGCAGAAAGGGAAGACUAUGAGGAUUAAUGAAAAAUUGAAAAUAUGAUAAUGAGUGCACACACAAACUUUUUCUGUUCUCAUAUAUGCCAGAUUGUAGAAUGACAAUACAUCUAGAAUACAAUUAGACUUUAUAGCACUGUUGUAGGUUUGUUCAAUAUCUUCAUGUAAUGUACCACAAAUAAAUAAAAACUUCUUACAAAUAUGUAA